AUGAAUGCUAUUAGCAGAACAAAGACCCAUGUUCCUUCGAAACCCACUUUCGCAGCUGUUGUACAAGAAACUUUGGCUACUAAGGCUGCUAAUGAUGUCGAGAUUAAUAUCGCUCAUGGUACACAUCUCGAUAAGCCAGCGGUUUUCUUCGAUGCGAAAGAUUAUUUUGUUAAUCUCGUGAAUGAUUAUAAAUUCACUAUUAUUGGGAUAUUUAUUAAGGGUAAACCCAACAUGGAAGAGUUGAGAAAAUUAUUUGUCAGUCAAUAUCACUUGAAAGAAACUCCUACGAUGGCUUACUAUGACUACAGAACCGUCUACAUUGAUUUUACCAAUGAGAUAGAUUUUAAUCAUAUAUAUUUCAAACCCUACAUUCACAUUGGUCAAUAUGCUAUCAAAGUUCAGAAAUGGACUAAUGUGGCAAAGGUUAAAGUAGAGAUUGAUCUACUUAAACCUAAACAAGACAUCAUAUGGCUUGGUUUUAAACGACUUGAUGGAACUGAAGACGGUCGGUGGUUAGAAGUGGAAUAUGAAGGAGCACCUACUUAUUGUCAUUAUUUCAAGAUACAAGGGCAUGAAGAACAACAAUGUAGAACUAAAGAUGUUGAUACUGAUACAAAGAAGAAAUCUAAGAAAAUAGCUGAAAAGAGCAGGCUAAGGGAUAGCAACAAGCAGGAUAAAGAUGGUUUUCAAGAAGUAAAGAGUAAGAAGUUUAACAGAAAGAAUGGGGGAAUUGUUAGCAAUGAGCCAGUUCCUUCCAAGCAUCAGAAAAGCAAAGUUACUAAUGUUCCCGGCAAAGAAAAGCAAAAAGUGGACAACACUAACAGGGAGCAGUCUAAAGAAAAACAAAAAAUGAUCAAACAGGUUGUGAACAAACAAGCAGCGAUCAAAAAUAUUGAGACUAAACAUUCCGCUUCAACUCCCACUACAAAGCAGCAGAAAAUCAAAAACAUAGAAACUAAGCAAAUUAACAACAAGUUCAAUGAACAACAAAAUACUCAACAAGCAAGGAAGAAUACAAGAAAGAAUAGGAACCAGAAAAAUGUUAGUUGGGAAGAUCAAACAGAGAAAGAACCAAUGGCUACACCUGUUCAGCAAAAGCAGACAACCAACAAACACCAUCAAAACAUAGACUAAAAUCAAGAUACCACAGGUAACCAUACAAUAAUCUCAUCAUCUGAACAAGAGGAAGUAGGUAAUGAAAACACCAUGACUAUUUCCUCAUCUGAUCAUGGGAAGACUAUUAGUGAACACACUAGUGAUUAUCUUACUACUGAGGAAGAAGGCAGUGGGGAUAUUAGUGCAGAUGAUUAUGAAAGCAUAGAAGAACGAAACACUGAUAGUAAUGAUGAAACUGAAAAACUGAUUCAAACCUUCAACAAUGUCAUCUCUAAAGAUGAAGUUGAGCAGACUUUCCAUGAACUUGCAGAAAACAUAAAUCUUUCUCCAAGAGGUAAACACGGCACAAGAGGCAAAACUAAUAGAGGCAAAAGAGGAGGAAGCACACAAUCCACUGUGAUGAGAUUACAUGCAAAGAUCAAAAAUUUAUCACAAUGGUCAAUGAUUAAGACACUCAGAUGGAAUGUGAGAGGAAUUACCUCUCAAGGUGCUUUUGAUAGACUCAAAAAACUUAAAAGGAGACACAACAUUGCUUUUAUGGCCUUGAUGGAACCCUUUUGCAAGAGAUCAAAAAUUGAUAAAUUCAAAAGAUGGCUUGGAUACCAGUUUUCUUAUUCCAAUUGUAAUAAUAAAAUUUGGAUAUUUAGUGAUCAACUAUAUAAUUGUUCUAUUAUACAAGAUACUAAGCAGCAGGUUACUUGUAGUUUUCUGGGUGCUACAAUUUUUGUCACAACUGUUUAUGCUAAGUGUAAGCAACAUCAAGGGGGGGAGCUUUGGAAUGAUAUCAGAAGUAUGGCCAUUAACAUCAAUCUACCUUGGUUGAUUGCUGGAGACUUCAACUGCAUUCUAGAUCACAAUGAAAAAAAAAAGGUGGUAAUGCUCAUAAAAUAAGAGAUAGUCAUCCGUUUAUUGACUGUAUAGCAGAUUGUUCUUUGAUUGAUGCAGGCUACACUGGAUCUACUUACACUUGGUGUAAUGGUAGAAGUCCAAGAUAUACAGUUUGGGAAAGGCUUGACAGAGUUCUUUUGAAUCACUAUUGGUCUUAAAAAUAUACUGAAACCUCUAUUUAUCAUCUAAUCAGAUCAGGGUCUGACCAUGCUCAUCUAUUCAUUACUAUAGAAGACGCUCAACUUUCACAACAAAAGUACUUUAAAUUCUUGAAUUUCUGGAUAAAUGAACCUAGCUUCCUGGAGAUGGUUAAGCAAGCUUGGGAUUUUGAAGCUAAUGGAUCUUCCCUUUGGAAAUUUCAAGUGAAGCUAAAGAAUACUUGCAAGCAACUAUCUUGGUGGUCUAAGAAUUAUAUUGCUAAUAUUUUCGACAAGACUAAGGAAUUGGAGAAUAUUGUUGCUAAUAUGGAACAAAGGUGCACACAUGAUAACAGUGAGACAAAUAGGAUGGAACUAAACAAGGAAAAUGCCCAUCUGAUCAUGCAUACUAAAAAAGAAGAAGCAUACUGGAGGCAGAAAGCUUGAAUGAAGUGGUUCAAAGAGGGUGAUGCAAAUACCAAGUUCUUUCACUCUAUCAUGAAUGUCAAAAGAAGAAGGUUGACCCUCAAUAAGAUGAAAAAAGAGGACAAUACCUGGGUUUAAGGCAAUGAGAAUAUAGCCAAAGAAGCCAUCAAUUUCUUUGGCAAACAAUUUACUGAUCCAAGACAUGAAAAAGACUUCAGAAUUCUCAACUCUUUACCGAAAGUGAUCACAGAUGAGGACAAUGCUAUGCUAGGAGCUCCUCCUACUUUGGAAGAAAUAAAAGAUGUUGUUUUUUCCUUAAGUCCUGACAAUGCUCCUGGGCCAGAUGGUGUAACUGGAAAAUUUUAUCAACACUGCUGGAAAAUUAUUUCUCAUGAUCUUUAUCUAAUGGUGUGUGAUUUUUUUUUUUUUUUGCAGGGACUCAACUACCUAGAUCUCUUACUCACACUUGUCUAAUUCUCUUACCCAAAGUGGAGAAUCCUCAGAGGUAUAUUGAGCUAAGACCCAUAUGUCUUAGCUAUUUCAGCAUCAAAAUCAUUUCAAAGAUGCUGAACACCAGACUUGCAAAGGUGAUACACAAAGUGGUCUCACUAAAUCAAGCUGUCUUUCUUAAAGGUAGAUCUAUCUCUGACAAUAUUAUGCUAACUCAAGAAAUGGUUCACAACAUAGGUAAGAAAAACACUAACGGCAAUGUUGUGCUAAAACUUGAUAUGGCUAAAGCAUUUGACAGAGUAAAUUGGAAAUAUAUCUGUCAAGUAUUAAAAAGCUUUGGAUUUUCUGAUUUCUGGACUGAUAUGAUUUGGAGACUACUUUCUAAUAAUUGGUACUCUAUUAACAUUAAUGGAGUAAGACAUGGUUUCUUCAAAUCCAGUAGAGGAAUUAAACAAGGUGAUCCUAUCGCUUAUUUUCUCUUUAUUAUUGGUUCUGAAUUACUUACUAUUCUUAUGGAUCAAUUGAAAAAUGAACAGUUUAUUCCUUAUACUAUUGAUAGAGGUUUCCCUGUUAUUAAUCACCUUAGUUUUGUAGAUGACACUAUACUAUUCUCCUCUAGGGAUCCUUUGUCUCUUAUGUCUAUGAUGAAUAAACUAGCUAUUUAUGAGAACUAUUCUGGACAGCUUAUUAACAAGAGUAAAUCUUGCUUUUUAGUUGGUUCCAACACUUUUCAGUCUAUCAUAAAUGAUAUUAAGCAGCUCACUGGUUAUGAACACCAAAACUUUCCUUUCAAUUAUCUAGGAGCUCCUAUUUAUAAUGGAAGGAAAAAAGUUAUUUAUUUUGGAAAUUUAGUUUCAAAAGUUGCUAACAGAAUGCAGGAUUGGCAACGUAAGAUGAUAUCUCAUGGAGGUUAAUGGCCAACAAACUUCCUACUGAUGAAGCCUUGCAAAGAUUCAAAGUACAGGGACCCUCAAAGUGCAUCUGCUGCAAAGAUGGAAGCAUUGAAAAUGUGGAGCAUCUGUUCAAAAAAGAAGAGCUUGAACUGUUGUUUGGGAAUUCUUCUUUAACUGCUGUGGCAUUAGAAGAAGGCAAAGAAGAAUAAGGGACACUCUUAUUACUUGGUGGCUUAGCAACACAAAAAAUAGAGUUCAUUCAAUUCUUAUACAUUGCCUACCACUGUUCAUUUGCUAGGAAAUCUGGAAAGCCAGAUGUAGUCAUAGAUAUGAGGACAUCAAAAAUUUUCCGGGU